AUGCCGGCCACGGGUCCUUCCUACGAUCUGAUCCUCCACCGUCUCGCCUCCUCCGAUUGCGAAAUCAAGCUCAAAGCCAUUCGAGAGCUUAAGAACCAGAUAAUCGGCAACCGCACCAAAAAGCUCUCCUACAUCAAGCUCGGCGCCGUGCCCGUCCUCGCCGCCGUUCUCGCCGACGCUGAUGCCGAUUCCGCCUCCGGCCCCAGCCUCAUCGUCCAGUCCGCUGCCGCGCUGGGCAGCUUCGCCUGCGGCGUCGACGCCGGCGUCCGCGCCGUCCUUGACGCCGGAGCUUUCCCUCAUUUAAGCAAGCUCCUCUCUGCCUCUGAUGACAAGGUUGUGGACGCUGCUGCUCGCUCUUUAAGAAUGAUAUAUCAAUCAAAACUAGCUCCAAAGUAUGAUUUUUUUAAAGAACAAGACAUGGGAUUUCUUCUUUCACUAUUGAAAAAUGGGAACGAAAAUCUUACUGGACUAGGUGCAAGCAUUAUUAUUCAUUCUUGUCAGACAAGUGAUGAACAAAAUGUAUUAUGCUGUGCUGGUGCUUUAGAAAAUCUUAUUAGCCUUCUUGAUGGUUCUCUAAGUCAGCGAGAUUCUAGUUUAGAGUCCAUUGCUGCAAUUCUUAAAAACAAUCCAGAAGUAGUCUCUAAAUUUGUGGACCUUCAAAAUCGAAGAGCUUUGAGUUCAAUAAUUGAAUUAACCAAGGACAGAUAUUCUCGGACAAGGUUAUUAGCUUGCUUGUGCCUGAUUUAUGUACAGAAUUCAUCUUCUUGCUACCUGCAAGACACUGGAACCAAAACCAAAUUGAUAAACAUUUUGCUUGAGCUCCUUGAUGAUUCUGAUCAUGUUGGAGACAAUGCUUGCUUUGCCUUUUCAACUUUAGUUGCAGAAAGAGAAGAUGUGCAGAAAUUAGCAUUUGAGGCAAAUGCUAUUGAUAAGUUCAACAAUCACUUGCAAAAUUGUGCUUUACAUCCCAAACGUCUUGAAGGGAUAUUUCUAGCCUUAGCUGCUCUUUGCUCAAAAUUGGAGUGUUCCCGGUCUAAGUUUCUUUCAUUGCAGGUCUUGAAUAUAUUAGUUGAUGCCUUAGCCUAUGAUGAUGCCAAUGUGCGAACUGCAGCUUGCAUUUGCUUAAAAAGUGUCUCACGCUCAGUCAAGAAUUUGAGUGCAGGUUAUUUCAUGAAUGAAAGGAUUAUUGCUUCUUUGGUUCGGCUUCUAUCUGAUCUUUCUACCUCUGUCCAAGUUGCAGCUCUUGGUGCUAUUAGCAACAUAGUGAUCAAUUUUACACCACAAAAAUCAAGAUUCAUGCAAUGUGGAGGUAUUAAGGAGCUUGUCCAAUUGACAAAGUCUAUGGAUUCAUCUUUACGGUUAAAUGCUGUAUGGGCCUUGAGGAACAUGGUAUUUCUUGCGGACAAAAUGUGUAAGGAACGGAUUUUUAUGGAGUUGACAGUGUCUUCUGUAGCUAGCCUUAUCUGUGGUAAUGGUCUUCAUUGCCAGUUCCUAUUUUUUCUGAUCAAUUGGUGUGUACCCAAAAAAGUUAUCAUUGUACCCAAAAAAGUUAUCAUUGAUUCUGGAUACACUGCAGAUCCUGAGCCUUCUGUUCAAGAACAAGCUCUGGCCCUCGUUCGCAAUUUGGUUGAUGGAUGCAUAGAUUGUGUUGAAUAUGCUUUUGCUGAAGAUGGUAUCAUACUGGAUGCUGUUGGAAAGCAAUUGCAAAAAUCUUCAAAAAUUGAUAUUGGGAUACAGAAGAAUGGUGAUGGCAUGGUACCAGAGCCUCUCCAUGAAUAG